UUGUCAAGCAGCGCAUGUCAAACUUUGACGGUAGACGUCAAAACAAACUUAUAACCUACGAGUUAUUAAAGAAUUUCUUUUAAAAAGGAACAAUGUUUAUCGUUACAAAAGAAAUCGAUAGCGAAAAUAUUAGCAAACUAUGCCGUACAUGUUUAAGGGAAGAUGGUGAUAAAAUGAUUUGUUUAUUCGUGGGACCGGCUGGCUCUUCUCUCGCUGCAAAAUUGCGCUCUCUUUCCUGUUUGGAAGUUUGGCAAGGCGAUGGUCUUCCAGAAAAAAUGUGCGAUCGUUGCGUAACUAGAGCAGAAUCUGCUUUACUGUACAGAGAACAGUGUCGAGCUGCGGACAGAGCGUUGAGACAAGCCGUUUUGAAGGUUUCUGGCCUAACUUCCUACACGACAGUAUCUGGAUGUAAAUUAUAUCAACAGAAUCAAGGUUUUGUUCCGAUACAAAAUUCUCACAAAACCUUAAAAUGUAUAGAAUGCGGAGCUGUGUUUACCAGCUAUCAGGAACUCUGUACUCACAACCGGCUGCACGUACCUUUCGUUCAAGAUAACAUACCAAUGCAGCACAUGCAUAUAGUCGAAUCUCAGAACCCUUAUUUUAAUUUUAAUUUUAAUCAGUUGAACACCACUCUGACCAACGACAACGUUCAGCACACGGAAUUAUCUUCUUUGAUUAGACCAAACACGAUGCAAACGAUUCCAACGAACGUUGAAAAUCCAAGCCGUGCCGCGUGUGCUUUACAUUGUUCAUUGUGCAAUCGCACUUUUACCAACAGAACACAGUUGAUCAGUCAUAACAUCUCCCACAACACGGAGAAUAUAGAUAUACCUUGCGAAAACGAGAGCAUAGAUAUCUGUGAGAAUUCUAAUCAAAUUCCACAAAAUUUGACUUACGAAAGAUCUAUUAAUUCCGUCGGGAAUUCCAUUCAGAACUUAUCUUAUCAAAGAUCCACGAUGAACGAUAACAAUGAGAUGCAGAACUUGAGUUUUUCUGAGAAUAUUGAUCUCGUGGAGGACAUACGAGAUGGAAGUCCCCAACGCGUACAAAAUUCAUCGAUACAUGAUUCCAAUACCUAUGUAGCUGAUUCGCGUUCGCUCGUUCGAUUUUCAAAAGGUAACGAGCAUAUAGACAGCAGGGAGAGCAUCGAUGGGUAUCGGUUAUGUCCGAACCUCGUUUACAAAGAAAACACUGAAAAAGAAAAUCUAACGAAUGCGCAAUUUAAAAAAUUCAAGUGCGAACUAUGUUCUAAACUGUUCUCUCAGAAGUCAAAAUUAUUGACCCAUCGAUUGUCCCACUCUAAUCAACAGCCUUUCAAGUGUUCCGAUUGCGAAAAGGCUUACUCGUCUAAGAGCAAACUGAACGCGCACAUGCGAUUGCACACGAAAACAAACGUACAUUCGUGUAAAUUAUGCGACAAGGUUUUCGCCUAUCCAUCAUACUUACGCGAACACGUAAAAACCCACAAGCAACGCGAUGGUAUCACGAGUAACGAGGGGGGUCAAUCCUUCGAGUGCUCCACUUGUAAGAAGAGAUUCCGAUUGUUAAAGAAUUUAAAGGCUCACGAACGGCUUCAUACUGGGAAAGGUGUGGUACAAUGCGAGAUAUGCGAUAAGAGAUUUAGUCAAAGCUACAAUCUAAAAAUUCAUUUGCGAACGCACAAAGCAACGAGAUCGCACAAGUGCGAAUACUGCAACAAGUGUUUCGUACAAAAGGGCAACCUCGCGGAACAUUUAAGGAUUCAUACAAAGAUAAAACCAUUCGAAUGUAAAAUAUGUAAAAAGCGUUUCUCACAGUCGAGCCACCUGAAGAAUCACCAAGCGUCUCAUACGACUCUUAGGCAAUAUCAAUGUCGACUGUGUGGAAAACGAUUCAAACUGGCGAGCCAUCUGAAGAGGCAUUUAAUAUUGCACAACGGUACCAAAGCGUACAAAUGUCAUCAAUGUAAUCAAUUGUUCUCGCAAGCAUUCAGCCUGACGAGGCAUUUAAAAAGGCACGAAUCGCAAACGUAACGCGUGUACAUAUAAA